AUGAGUGAGAUGGACGGAGUAGCUAGAGGUUGUGGCGCGAGAGGGCGCGAGAGUGUGGUGCCGAGUGUGGCGACUGCGUCGGUGACCCAGUCGGUAUCCGUGGCGAGUGAGGCCAGUGUGGAUGCGAGUGUUGGUUUGGGAGCGGGGGCUGCUCCGGGUUGGGGUGGUGCUCCGGCUCAGGGUCUUGAUGACUUAGUGGUGGGUUUGCUGACGCAGUUAUUGGCUCGUUUUCCGCCAGUGGUUCCACAAGGGGGCUCCGGGAGUACCUCCAGUGGCAGAGGUGCAGCAGAGGGCUGCGGGAUUUGUUCAGCCGCAGGCUGUGGGUUUGAUGGUGCCGUCCUACUUGGAUAUGUGGGGCACAUGCAGAGGAUUGGUACGCCGUACUUUGAGGGCGGAGUUAGCCCAGAGGCGGCAGAUGAGUGGCGUCAGAGAUUGGAGCGGAAUUUCCAGUCUAUCAGAUUUCUGGUUUAG